AGCUGGUCUAACACGGUGCAAUUCUCAACCCUGAGCACUCCUCAUACAAUGAACGUUUUCGGUGAGCAACAGCUCUCUAGACACUUAAUAUCUACAUAGUCAGUUGUAUAUGGGCGUGGCUCAAACUCUGUGCCUGUCUUGCCCGCUGGAAUGGGGAGGCCGAGGAGAAGAAUAACAGUAGACAUCUGACAGAUUCUUUUCCUGCCUUGAUUUUGGAAUGGAAUGAAGACCGGAGUGAUAAUUUUGUUGUCUUAUAUUUACUUUAGUUAUCAAGCGUAUCAAACAUUGGUCUUCUCUGUACCGGACAGCAUCAAGUGUUGUUAACUUAGCGGGCUGUUGGAUUCUCUCACAUGGUGGGCUUCCCGAUACCCGGGAUUGACACCCAGGUGCCCAGAGGAAGCCGCACAGUGCUGAUGCGCCAGCCCGGGUGAUGUGAUAUGUAACAAGGAUGGCAUAAGCAAAAUCCGUAGUGUUGGUAACAGGACAAGAAAUAAUUAUUCAUGGAAGUUAAUAUUCAAGAGUCAAGAUAUAUCUGAGUACUUUUUGGGCCAAAUUAAAAAUGAUAAGUCUCCAGCCAUUGCUGCCAUGAUGGCUCUAAUGGAGUCCAUGAGGCGGGAUAAAUCAACAACGCUGCAGGAGUUCAUCGAAAAGAUGAAAUUGGAGCGAGAGAAACUGAGCAAGGUGGAUGUUUCUGUUGUAUCAGUGUCAUCAGGAAGUGAACUGUUCAUGCGCUUCAUCACCUUGGCACACCAGGAGCUGGAGCAAGCAGCGGAUUUUGCAUCAUGCCGAGAAAUUCUACUCAGGAGGGGAGAGAAAUUUGUCAAAAAUAUGCAGGAGAGUCGCAAGAAAAUACUGCGUUCAAGCACCAACCUCAUCAAGGAUGGAAUGAUCAUCCUCACUCAUUCACACUCACGCAAUGUUCUGGCAGUGAUGACAGAGGCUGUUAAACAAGGCAGGCAGUUCUCUGUGUUUGUCACCGAAUCUCAGCCUGAUAACAGUGGACGAUGCAUGGCUAAAGCUCUAGAGGCAGUAGGAGUACCUUGCACCGUGAUCCUUGAUGCUGCUGUUGGCUACAUCAUGGAGAGGGUGAAUGCUGUCAUGCUGGGUGCUGAGGGAGUUUGUGAGAAUGGUGGAAUUAUUAACAAGAUUGGCAGCUGUAAUGUGGCAACCCUGGCUCACAUGAAGAAUAAGCCAGUGUAUGUGUUGGUCGAGAGCUACAAGUUUAUCCGCAGAAUUCCUCUUGAUAACUCUAGUCUUCCAAAGUCCUAUUUGCACAAGGCAUCAGUGCUGAACCACGGCUCAGACCUGGAGUUGGAGCAUCCUCAGGUGGACUACACUCACCCAGAUAACUUGACGCUUCUCUACACAGACCUUGGUGUUCUUCCCACCUCAGCAGUUACUGAACACCUCAUCAAGCUCUACACCUAGGGCAGGCUCACACAAACAGCUCUUACUUAUUGUGUUAUAUAUACUUGCAUUUUUUUUUCAUUAUAGCUUCAUACAGUUUUACAGACUAAUAAAUCUUUCUUUUUCACAUAGAUAUGUUCACAGACUGUUGAUGUAUGUGAUGUAUUUAGUAUCAUUUUUUUAUUUCUCUUUGAUCUUUACAUCCCAUAUACAUUCUCUCUUGUUUGACCACUUCUGUGUUAUUUAUAUCUCUUGCUUCUUCUCAUUAUCAAGCAUACUCCUCAUUCUUGCAGCAGGGUCAGCCAUACUUAAACAAUAUUGAUCAACUUUCAUUGAUGGCUGCUCAUAUUUUAUUUUGCUAUUAUUAUUAUGACAUUUUUCAAUCACAAUUGCAAAAAUUAAUGAGCAGGAAGAGUAGAUUAUGAUAGUUCUCAAGAUAUCAAGAAACAUCCAUAAUUUAUCCCUACUCCUCCUUCAGGAGCUACAUCAUGUAAAUUAGCUGGUCUCCUGGCAUCUCCUUAUUUUUUAAUGUUCUUUUCCUCUCAAAAAAAAUAUUUGCCAGUGCUGAUGUGGUGAUCUCAUCAUAAUCUCUGUCUCAGUGGUAGUUUGACAUUUAAUAUUGAUUAUGAAGUGGGAUGGUAUGCCACUAAAAGAGACCCUUGAUUCAUACUAUAUUUUGGAGCCUGCCAGUUUAUCAUAAAGAAAUUCAGUGCACAUUUUUAUUUUUUUUCGUAUUUGAUUAGAUCAGUCAGAUAUAAAAGAAUUCAAGGAAACAUGGAAUGUAUGUAUGUUGGAAAAUUCAGGCAGUUGAGUUGCAUUCAUCAAGUGACAGUGUUCUUAAAAUGAGAUUGACGUGGAAAGGUUACAAUACUAGACAAAGUUUUUACAACCCAUAAUGUUAUUUUCAAAUACUUAUGAGUGCCAAGAACAGCAGUGUCUUUUCAGGAACAGUACUUUUUAUCUGUACAUUGAAAUGAGUAUGUAAGCAGGUAGUGCAUUGGUAUAUGGCAAAGUUUUUACUGUGUUGUAUGAGAUAUUUUCUAAUAAAUUUGAAAACCUUC